AUGUCUAGCCACUAUUUCAACGAGAUCUGGCAUCAGGCACAGCAUGACUGCGAACAAUUGGCCAUCCUCGACUAUGAGCGCCAGCAUCAGAAUGUGGAUACAACAGUGGCUACCAUCAGUGGAGUCACGGGCAUUGUGUCCAGCUCUGUGGCAGCUGCAGCCGAAUCCAAGAGCCUGCUCCAGGCGAGCAUCUACGAAUUCUAUUUGCGAUACAUUUGCCUGUGCAAUAGAUUAGAGGAGGUCUACGACAAUAUGAUUCAACCACAAAAACGUGAGCUAGUGCGCAAGCUGCUGGACGCCUGCUUGGGACGUGUGGUGGAGCUGAAGCAUGAUCUGGUGAACAUUGACCUUAUGGAGUUCAGUUACAACGAUGAGGUUGUGGAGCGUCUGCGUCUGACGCCUAUAGAAACAGAGCUGCGUAUUCCACGUUACUUUCUGCGCGAGCGUGAGGAAGAGCUGGAGCAGCGUAAGCGUACGAUGCACGAGUUACAGAUUAAACUGGGCUGGCUAGAGGAGCAUCCACUGGAGGAGCAGCUUACCGAGAUCGAGGCCAUAAGGCUGCUGCAGAUGCACGAACGUGCACGUCAGGGUCGUCUCCGAGCACACUUCAUGAAGGAAAUUAGAAAGGAAAAGGGCAAAUCGGAGGAUCGCACCGAUAGGGAACGCACCGACUCCGGCUUAAUGGCUGCCAUGAAGAUACAGAAAAUGUGGCGCGGUCAUACGGCUCGCCGCAUCACGCGACGUCGCAAGAUGGACGAGAUGAUAUUAAUUGGCAUGGUGCCGCCACCGGCUUCGGUGCUCAAAGAACGUGCCGAAAAGUAUGAACGGAACAUCGAGACGGACGUUCGGCGAAGGUAUGAGGCGCAACGAGCAUAUGCAGCGCAGUUUGAAGCACGCCAGUUGGCCAUACAGGAGGAGAUUAAGCAGAAGCAUGGUGCCACUAUGAGGGAGGACAUUGCCGAUGAGAUUCGGGCCUGGAUCAAGGAUUGCUAUGACAAAACGGGCAAGUUGCCAGAUUUUCCUUCCGAGGAUCAAGGUGGCUCGCUGCACAUCUUCAGUCGUCCGGGCACCGAAAGCGAACAUAGUCGUUCCUCCGCGCGCUCCUCCAAAGAAUCGCGCAAGACCAAGGAUAAGUCCAAGUCGCCAGCACGCAGCGGAGAUUUGAAUGUUAACGAUAAUCAGGAAGAGGAUGUCAACUUCCAACCGGCUGCCUCAGCGUGCCUUCCCGAUAUACGUGCGGAAAUUGAAUACUUCAAUGAUACCUGGCGAGACAAGGAUGAGACUGGAGUACUCAGCCAGGCAGCCUACGAGGACAUGAUUUAUGCGGAGAAAUAUCAGGAGGUGGAGCUGGGAUUCCGACGUGCCGUAGAUGAUGUAAUGCGCCAGGAGCUUGAGCUUCUUCAGACGAUGGUAGGAAAAAAGGUGAAGAAGAGUAAUAAAAAGACACGACGUUCUGGCAAAAAGAGCAAAAAGAAGAAGGAGAAGGAUCUGACGCCAGAUCGCACUAUCGAAUCCCUCUACGAAGAGUUGGUUACCAAUGGCAUCAUACGCAAAUAUCCAGAAAUAAGAUUAAAGCAAUUUCUGGGCGACAAGGCGCUGACCGCACGCAACGGAACUAAUCCCUCGCCUGGUGAUAUCCGUCAGGUGCUCACCGAAUAUUGCAUUCUGCCACUCGGCUCAGAGGCUAUACACAAUUGCACGCCACUCAUACGCUCCGUACUGCUGGCCGGUCCGCGCGGAUCGGGCAAGAAGGCGCUGCUGCAUGCCAUUUGCACGGAAGUUGGCGCAGUUCUCUUUGAUCUUACGCCAGCCAACAUUGUUGGCAAGUAUCCAGGUAAAUCGGGUCUAAUCAUGUUGAUACAUCUGGUACUCAAGGUGUCCAGGUUGCUGCAACCAGCUGUCAUUUAUAUGGGCGAUGCAGAGCGUCCGUUUAUGAAAAAAAUACCUAAAACGGAUCGCACCGAUCCCAAGCGCUUGAAAAAGGAUUUACCAAAGAUGAUCAAGAAUAUUGCACCCGAGGAUCGGGUCAUAUUUGUGGGCACCACAAGUUUGCCAUGGGAGGCAGAUCAGAAACUGCUGCAAUCGGUCUAUAAUCGUUUCAUCUACAUUCCACGUCCCGAUUAUGGCGCCAUGUCUCAUGCCUGGAAAACGCUUUUACAUGAGUAUUCUGGAGGCAUCUCCACUUUAGAUACGAGCGCCAUGGCAAAAAUCUCGGAUGGCUAUACCAUCGGGGCGAUUGAUGCCUGCCUACGUGAGGUGAUGAGCUGCAAGCGCAAGCUACAGCUACGAUCGCAACCUCUAACAAAUGCAGAGCUCAUUAAUGUUCUUUGUUCUCGUGAUCCAGUCUAUCGCGAGGAAGAGGAGGCGUUCGAAUCGUGGUGGUCGAAAACCCCAUUGGGUCGACGUCGUCAACGCUUUUUGGAGCUCGAGGAAGAACGCCUGAUGGAGGAACAGGCGCAGCAGGCCAAACAAGGCAACGGCAACAAAAAGAAAGGCCUGAGUUAA